AUGAGUGCGUUUUUAAAUGCUUUUGUAUACACUCUACUUUCUGAUGAAAGCGAGGAUAGCAUUAUUUUGACGCUUCGUAAUCGUUUAUUUAAUUCUGUUUCAAAAAAAUAUCAAGCCAAAAUGCAUAACAAGUGGCAAGAAGAGUUUAAGGAAAAUAUUAAAAUAAUGCAGGAAAUGAUGAACAAAACUAAAUGGACAAAUAAAGAGGAUAGAUACAAAACGGAGAACGUUGUAAAUACUUUUGUUAAUACGAGUUUAAACUAUCUUUAUUGGAUGUCUUCUAGCGUAAUAGGUAUCUUAGAUACCACAAAUCCUUUUGAUGCAACAUUCAAGCUUUUAAAGUUUGAUAAACGUUUGGGAGUUUGUUAUAAGUUUUCUUUUAUGGUACCUAAGAACCUUUUGUUUCAAACAACACAAGAAGACAAUGUUUACGUAAAAUGCGCAAUUGGAUUGUUAAAUGAGCUGGGCGAUGAGACAUCAGAGUCAAGUGCUGAACGAGUUCGCAAUAAUGAUAAUUGCAAUGGUAAUGGACACAUACCUGAUUAUCGGUUACGUGUGACCGAUGUAUAUGAACGGUUAGAAAGAGAAUCAGCAGACGAUACGGUUGUAAAUAUCUAUUCUGAAAUAAACAAGCAGUUUACUAAAAUAAAUUUAUUUGCUAUCCAACCAAUUGUAAAUAGUGUCUUUUAUCGUUUACAAAAGUUUGUGACUUUAUCAAUACCGUUUUCUUCAUCCCACGCAAAAAAAGUGGAGCCUUUUAUAAUGUCAUUACUUAAAUUUCAACGUGCUAUUGGUAAAUCUGCUACUAAGAUUGCUGGGAUCGCUGAAGCUAUAAGAAGAGACCGUAAGGAACUUUAUUCAAUUAUCACCAAUAGUUGUGAGCGUACUAGAAUUUUACUAAGGUUUACUACUCCAAGCACACCACCACAUGACUGA